UGUCCGCGACGGAUGCUCGCCAACAUGGUGGCGCUGGGCUCUGUGCUGGGGCUGGCGCUGCCGGUCGUCCUGUGGGCCGACGCCAGUGCAGGUGUUGGUUUUCGCUUUGCUUCGCACAUCAAUGAUUACAUGGUGCUGCAGAAGGAGCCUGCUGGGGCUGUGAUCUGGGGCUAUGGCACACCAGGAGCCACCGUGACAGUGAGCCUGGCCAGCAGUCAGAAAACCAUCAUGAAGAAAGUGACCCAGGUGAAAGCGCAAUCUAGUAAUACCUGGCUGGUGGUACUGGAUCCUAUGAAACCCGGUGGACCUUUUGAAGUGCUGGCUCAGCAGACUCUGGGGAGCGCGAAUUCCACUCUGAGAGUUCACUCUGUCCUCUUCGGAGAUGUCUGGCUUUGCAGUGGACAGAGUAAUAUGGAGAUGACAGUUUCACAGAUAUUUAAUGCUACGAAGGAGUUGUCCAACGUGGCUGCCUACCAGUCUGUCCGCAUCAUGUCUGUGUCUCUGGUCGAAGCGGAGGAGGAACUGGAGGAUCUUCCUGGGAUUGAGUUGCCGUGGUCUACACCCACCUCAGGAAACUUGGGCCAUGGCAACUUCACGUACAUGUCAGCAGUAUGCUGGCUCUAUGGGCGCUACCUGUAUGACACUCUGCAGUACCCUGUGGGGCUCAUCUCUUCCGUUUGGGGUGGAACCCCCAUUGAAGCAUGGUCAUCUGCAAGGGUGCUGAAAGCCUGUAACGUCCCUAAGAAAGGGUAUGUCCCACCGGACACUGUGUCUGGUCCUGCACAGCACUCCGUUCUCUGGAAUGCCAUGGUUCAUCCACUAUGUAAUAUGACCUUGAAAGGAGUGAUAUGGUACCAGGGGGAAUCCAACAUGAAUUAUAACAAGGACCUGUACAAUUGCACGUUCCCUGAGCUCAUUGAAGACUGGCGCCAUAGCUUCCAUCAAGGCUCACAGGGGCAGACGGAGCGUUUCUUCCCAUUUGGGUUUGUUCAGUUGUCUUCAUAUUUGCCUGCACCCAACCCUGAUGAAGGAUUUCCUGACAUCCGCUGGCACCAAACAGCAGACUUAGGCUAUGUCCCCAACGUCAAGAUGCCCAACACUUUUAUGGCUGUGUCCAUCGAUCUUGGAGACCGGAACUCACCAUAUGGCAGUGUCCAUCCUCGAGAUAAACAGACUGUGGCCUACCGGCUGCACUUGGGGGCCCGGGCUAUGGUGUAUGGCGAGAAGGAUUUGAUUUUUCAAGGACCGUUACCUGAGAAGAUAGAAUUCUUGGCCCGCCAGGAGUUGAUCAACCUCACAUAUUACCAGCAAAUCCAGUUGCAGAGGCAGGACAACAACAUAUUCCAGAUCUCCUGCUGCAGUAACCAUCAAUGCAAGUGGCUUCCAGCUCCCAUGAGCACAUUCUCCAACUGGACCUUGACCUUGAAUAUGAAAUCCUGUGGUGGCUCCGUGGUUGCUCUUCGCUAUGCUUGGGCCACUUGGCCUUGUGAAUAUAAGCAGUGUCCCAUAUACCACCCAGGAAGUGCCCUGCCUGCACCUCCCUUCAUGGCUUUCGUUAAUGGACAUCGGGGUAAAGUUGCCAGAGGGUAGCUCCUGUGUGCUCAGAUCUUAGAGAUAAGGUGGUUCCCUUAGGUGUUGGCCCUCAAUUUAGAUUAUGAACUGGUUAAGUUAUUCUAUGGCUGGCUCUCUAUUGGGCUGGUGGGCAACUUAAGAUGCUUGUCUUUUGUUCCCACUUAGUCAUUCACUUCCCUUAAAU